AUGGGAGCUGCCCACCGGGGCAUGGAUAGAGCCCGUGAAGGUGAGCAAGGCAAUGAGGAAGCCAGAGGUGUUGGCGAGGCUAUCUUCGAUGCUCCUAUUCCCGAGGAGGAGGAAGAAGAUGAUGCGGCAUCAUCUCCUGGUUACACUGGAGCAUCUCCUGCCGCCCCUCUGUCAACACCUGUUAUCGUCCCAUUAGCUGGUCCGUCGACUAUCACACCCCCUUUUAUGUGGCAGCAACUCCCAGGGUUUCCAGUAGCAGCAGCAGCACCACCACCAUCUAGUGGUCCGCUUCAAGCUAUGGCAAUAACGCCUGAUCCCUGGAUUCCGAAUGCCGAGUAUCCUCUCCCAUAUGGACGACUGCAAGCACAUGGGGAGCUGCGACGCCAGUGGAUAGAUGACCCCGCAGCGCCAAACUGCCCUAUUAACCCAUCAACACUGACAAUCCAACAGGUGGAGGCGAAUUUUCCUUAUGUGCUACCACCUAGAUGUAAUGUUAUGUGUGAGGAUUUCGUGGACCAGGCAAAAGAUCUUGGAAUAGCGCCGGGCCCAGUAUACUGGUCACUUCAGAUUCGAGCCCCCAACUUUAUUUGGAUUGGAGAUACUGGUCCAGGUGUGAUUGUUAUAUGUGCCAUUCGUCGUACUAGAAACUCGAAUGCUUACCAGAUUUCUGAAUUAACACAGGCCCUUUAUACCCGGAACUUCAACAUGAAUACUUUGCGACAUGUUUUUGUUCAACAGGUUGUAAAUGCUGAGACAAAUCCCUUCGUGAGGAGGGGAUUAUAUACCGGGAAUACUCGGCCUGGACUCACAUGGCCGAAACAAAAGCCUGAGACCUGGGAUUAUGAUACCCCGGAAUAUGACGGCCUCUUAGGCUCUCGUAUUGGGAAACUCAUCGCAUACUUGGUCUUGGGUGCAUUUCCCGGGGCACUCGUCGCAUUACUCGGAUCGUUACAUGGACAGCCGACCUUCUGA